GAAAUGGGUGACUUAGUUUGGGGAACAACUGGUUGGGAAGAAUAUAGUCUCAUUCAAAAUCCAGAAAAGCUCUUCAAAAUUCACCACACUGAUGUGCCCCUUUCCCACUACACUGGAAUUCUUGGCAUGCCUGGAAUUAAUGCAUAUGAUGGUAUCUAUGAAGUUGGUUCUCUGAAGAAAGGAGAAUGUGUCUUCAUCUCAACAGCAUCUGGUGCUGUUGGUCAGCUGGCUGGACAAUUUGCGAAAUUAUUGGGUUGUUAUGUUGUUGGAAGUGCUGGUAGUCAAGAAAAGGUUGAUCUCAUUAAGAACAAGCUUGGGUUUGAUGAUGCUUUCAAUUACAAGGAAGAGCCUGAUCUGGAUGCAGCUUUGAAAAGGUACUUCCCUGAAGGCAUUGACUUCUACUUUGAGCAAGUUGGGGGUAAAAUGCUUGAUGCAGUGCUCCUAAAUAUGAAGGUCUAUGGCAGGAUGGUUAUGUGUGGAAUAAUUUCACAGUACAAUCUUUCUAGGCCUGAAGCCCUAAAGAAUUUGAUGCAUAUUAUAAUCAAGAGACUAAGUAUAAAAGGAUUUACUCAUCGAGAUCAACAUUAUCUCUAUCCAAAGCUCUUAGAGACUGUGCUGCCUUACAUUAGAGAAAAGAAAAUUGUCUAUGUUGAAGAUAUUGUUGAAGGACUUGAGAAUGGACCAGCAGCUCUGGUUGGACUGUUCACCUGUCGCAACUUUGGAAAACAAGUUGUUGCACUUGCUCAUGAGUGA